AUGAAUAAUAGAUCAACAACAUCUAUUAAAUCACCUCAACAACAAUAUCAACAACAGCAACAGCAACAGCAACAAGUAACAACAACUACUACUACAACAUCAACUACUACUGUACAACAAAGUAAUACAUCAACAACACCUUUAACAUCAUCAUCAUCAAUUCAGUUUAGUAAUAAUAAUGGAGUUACAAAUAUAAUACAAUCGACAUCGUUACAACAAAGUGUGGUUACAUCGAUUGUCAAUAGUAGUAUUAGUAUUAAUAAUGGUAGUAAUUUGAUAUUACCGAUUGCUUCAAAGAUUGGGUUGUUUUCAAUGUUGGAUCAGUUCAUGUUGGACAUUGGUAAUCCUGAUAGUCGUGUACGUUCAGAGUGUGCAUUGUACUUACUUCCUCAUCUACCUUUGAAUCAUCGGGAGAAUGCAUUCGACUUGAUCUACACCAUCAAGAAACAAAUGUCAAUAGAGACAAACACCGAUGUUUUGGUACUCCUAAUACGUUUGUUAUCGAUGUUGGCAUUAGAUAUCUAUGUAGAUAGUUGCGGUGUUGUCAACUACCUAUUGUCAACCACUAUAAAGUCAAAGAGGUCGUCGUCGUCGUCGUCGUCGAAAACCAAAAAGAAAGUGCUGGCUGCUUCACUCGCUGCCAUCCGACAGAUUGUUGUCUCCAAGGAUAUCAAUCUAUCGCUGCUGAUCACCACCACCGUAGAACCGCUGUUACACCACACCAGUCCCAUAGUGAGAAAAGAGUCGCUACUACUGUUAGGCACAAUCAAAAAGAAUCUGAAACAGGAAUCCGAAGAGAUUCAGCUAAUAAUGGUUAACUUUUUGAAGGAUCCCGAUUACCGUGUCAGAGAAUCGGCACUCCGUUCGUUGUACUCUAUCUUCUAUCGUGGUGGAUCACUCUCUGUCAAUAAGAUCUACCAACAGGCGACACUCAUGUUGUUGGAUCCAUACGAACAGGUCAGACUCGAAUGUAUCAAGCUGCUCUGGGUCAUAAGUAACGUCUAUCCAAAUCACAUACUCGGUACUAUCAACGAGCGAAACAAGAGUGAAAAGAUCAGAUUGGUAGAUGAUGUAUUCAAAAAGAUAUGUAAUGCUGUCAAUGAUCCAUCUGUCAUCGUUAGAAAUAAUGCAUGUAAAUUAUUAGGUUGUAUCUAUGAUGUAUCAUUGAAUUAUUUGAUACAGACACUUAGCAAAGAGAUUCUAUUUGAUUUUGAUCAUAAAGGUAGAAAGAAGUAUCAGAUUGGUCAUAGUAGAUAUACAAAACAACAUUUUACAAAUAAACAACAGCAACAACAAAAUCAACAGCAACAGCAGCAGCAGCAACAACAGCAACAAAAUCAACAGCAACAAGAUAGUGGACAACAACAAACUACUCAUAUUGGAUUACCAGAGGGUGAUAUCGAUUUUAUGACAUCAACAGAGUCAUCGAUGAGUUUAGUUGAUGCCGGUGCAACAGGUGCAUUCAUUCAAGGCUUGGAAGAUGAAUUCUACGAAGUUAGAUCGUCUGCAAUCGACAGUAUGUGUGAGCUAAGCGUUAGAAACAAUGAAUUCGCACAAAAGAAUAUUGAUUUCCUUGUGGAUAUAUUCACCGAUGAAAUUGAAUCCGUUAGAAUCAACUCUAUCAAUUCAUUAAGAAAGAUUGGUAAAAUGGUAACAAUUAAAGAAGAACAAUUACAUGUUAUAUUGGCAUCUCUUGAGAAUUCAUCAUCAGCAGAAAGACAAUCUGUACAUAGAUUACUUACCAAUAUACAUCUAUCGAAUUUUCAGUGUUUACUUGCAACCACUCAAGCAUUGCUUGUCAAUCUUCAAAAGUAUCCAAGAGAUCUCUACUCGAUAUUUGAAUGUCUAUCAAAGAUAGGUUCACAGAAUCAAUUCACAGAAUUUAUAGUUGAAGAUCUCCUACGUAUUGAUCCAAAGUUUGCUUCUGUUGAACCAAAUAUGGAUGAUAUAUUUUAUGUUGCAAUUAUGAUUGUAAUAUUAAAUAGUGCAAGAACAAACAAGACUAUCAUAUCAUUGCUACCACCAUUUUGGGUUCAACAUCAUCUCUAUCUAAAAGAUAAAUAUCCACAGUAUUUCCCUCAUACAUUACAAUCGGUAGAUGAACAAGAUCAAGUUGGACAGUCUUCAGCAAACAAAUAUCAACUUAAAUUAGAAUCACAAGAAGAUCUCUCUAAAUUCUUAAAGAAUACACUUGCACUUUUAAAUGGUGACAGUUCAUCGCUCAGUCUUCAGAGUCAAGGAAUAUUAGAUUUACUAAGAAGUAACAAAUACAAUCAGAUAUUGAAAUUGAUUGAAGAAUGUGAAAGAAUAUUGAAACCAACCUCUGAUUUCUAUUUAAUGUUUAUACAUAUUAUAAAGAUGAUUAUCAAUAUUAAAAGAUCACCUAUUCAUGAAUUGACAUUUGCUAAUGGUGCAAAGCUAUCUAAACUUUCCUAUAAGAUGCAAGUACAAUUUAUUGGAUUGGAAUCAAAGAUUCAAGCUAUACUAUAUGAAUAUCGACUAGUAGGUGAAGUAGUAAUGGCAAUAUACACAUUGUUACAAUCAAAUUCUGUUGUCGAUCAAAAACAAUUUAUGAAUUUAAGAAACAAAUUAACUUUUUACAAAGAAUUCUCAGAGAAACAUUCACUAAAGAUUCAUAAAUCUAUUCAGUCGCUCUAUGAUAAUUUAGAUAGUGUUCCUUUGAAUAACAGAGACAACAGCAUAGAACCACCAACCAAACAAGCAAGAGUCUACCCACAAUCUAUCAUUAAUCAUCUAUCACUAUUUCUAAUGGAAUAUGAACCCUCUUUAAUAGUUAUUAAUAUUUCUGGUAAAACUCAAUUACACCCUAUCUCCUCACAACACUUCACACCUAUCAAACCACUGUCAUUUGCUAUCUAUUCACCAUUAUAUAUAUCAUUACCAAAGAAAUCUCAUCCAAAAGAAAUUCUAUCGAUUGGUAUAAAUAUAUCUGAACUUGUUCCAAAUGACCCAAAUAAUUGUAAAUUACAUGCAAGAGAUAACUUUGAUUCCUAUCAAAUUAUCAUACUAAUUUACAUAAUUGCGCAUUUUGAUUGUUGA